UGCCGCCAUCUUGCUUGUGGGUAUUGCCCGAGUCCGGGGCCCGGGCGCGCGCAGGGCAGGCGGAGGUGCAGACCGCCUCUGGAGUGCGGGAGGCGACGGCCCGGAGGCUCUGGUUCCUCAGCCCGUAGGUAGUUCUGCCUCCCAGCUCUGCCCCUCCUCCCGUCGGUCUCGCGGCUGGAGUUGAGUUUCCUUGGGGGCGGGGGGUAGGGCGGGAGGGCUAGCUAAGCAUGAAGAGUGUAUUUCCGGGUUGCGCCCGGAGGUGGGAGGAGGCGGCGUUUCCGGCCGCCGUCGCUGUCCGGCAAGGCUGAGGCGAGAGGGAGCUGCUGGGUGGGAAGGCCGUGCUACCUUCUUCCUCUUCCUCCCACUCCGGUGGACUGGUUCUGCCUAUCUGUAAGGCAAUGGAGAAGAAGCUGGGAAUCAAGCCAAGUUCUGCUUCCUGGAUUUUAUCAGGAUUUUGUUGGCAGACAUCUGUGAAGUGGUUGAGAAGCCUGCAUCUGUUUUAUAUUUGCUUCUGCUUCAGUGUGCUGUGGCUGUCAACAGAUGCCAGUGAGAGCAGGUGCAAGCAGGUGAAGACACAAUUUGGAGUUGGCCUGAGAUCUGGGGGAGAAAAUUACCUCCGCCUUCUUGAAGGAACCUCUUCUCUCCAAUCAUGUUGGGCUGCCUGCUGCCAGGACUCUGCAUGUCAUGCCCUUUGGUGGUUAGAAGGGAUGUGCAUUCAGGCAGACUGCAACAGUCCCCAGAGCUGCCAGACUUUUAGGACAGACUCUUCCAAUUCCGUGCUGGUGUUUUUAAAGAAAUUCCAAGCUGCAGAUGACUUUCUACCUGAAGAUGUUGCAACUCAUAUUCUGGGGCUAGGUUGGAGCAGGGCAUCUCAGAGGAGGCAGAGCCUUCCCAGAGCUCCACUCAGACCUGCUGUAUCUUCCAGUGACCAACAGAACUUAAUCAGGAAGCUUCAGAAGAGAGAGAGUCCCAGUGAAGAAGUUAUACCUAUAGUGACACAGCGUUCUGAAGUGAAUGACUCCAAGGAACUAGGUGAUCUGAAAACCAAUGGCUCCGAAGAGGUCCACAAGACAGUUACAAUUUCCAAUCCCUUAACCACAGAUCUGGCUGGGGAGAUUCCUGUUUGGUCAAAGACUGUAUCAGUCCAACUUGAGACGUCAGAGGAUCUGGGUACUACGUCUAGCACUCAGCAAGUAAAAAACCCUGGGAUAACCCAGAUUGCUAUCCCUCUGCCAGUGACUCCCUCCUACAGUUAUGCUACCCCUACCCCACACACCUCUUUCCAGAGCACCUCUGCACCAUUUCCAGUUAUAAAGAAACUGGUCAUAUCUGCUGGAGAGAAUGUCCAGAUUACCCUGCCUAAGAAUGCAGUCCAGUUAAAUGCAUAUGUUCUCCAAGAGCCGCUUGAAGGAGAAACCUACACCUACGACUGGCAGCUGAUUACUCAUCCUAAAGACUACAGUGGAGAAAUGGAAGGGAAACAUUCUCAGAUCCUCAAACUAUCCAAGCUCACUCAAGGCCUAUAUGAAUUCAAAGUGAUUGUAGAUGGUCAGAAUUCCCAUGGGGAAGGCUGUGUGAACGUGACGGUAAAGCCAGAGCCCCGUAAAAAUCAGCCUCCUGUUGCCAUUGUGUCGCCACAGUUCCAGGAAAUUUCUUUGCCAACCACUUCUACAGUCAUUGAUGGCAGCCAAAGCACUGAUGAUGAUAAAAUCGUCAGGUACCAUUGGGAAGAACUAAAGGGACCUCUGAGAGAAGAGAAGAUUUCUGAAGAUACGGCCAUAUUAAAACUAAGUAAGCUCGUCCCUGGGAACUACACUUUCAGUUUGACUGUAGUAGACUCAGAUGGAGCUACCAACUCGACCACUGCAAGCCUGACAGUGAACAAAGCUGUGGAUUACCCCCCCGUGGCCAAUGCGGGCCCCAACCAAGUAAUCACCCUGCCCCAAAACUCCAUCACGCUCUUUGGGAACCAGAGCACUGAUGACCAUGGCAUCACCAGCUAUGAGUGGUCACUCAGCCCCAGCAGCAAAGGGAAAGUGGUGGAGAUGCAGGGUGUUAGAACACCAAUCCUGCAGCUCUCUGCCAUGCAAGAAGGAGACUACACGUACCAGCUAACAGUGACUGACACAAUAGGACAGCAGGCCACCGCUCAAGUGACUGUUAUUGUGCAGCCUGAAAACAACAAGCCGCCACGGGCAGAUGCAGGCCCAGAUAAAGAGCUGACCCUUCCCAUGGAUAGCACAACCUUGGAUGGUAGCAAAAGCUCAGAUGAUCAGAAAAUUAUCUCGUAUCUCUGGGAAAAAACACAGGGACCUGAUGGGGUGCAGCUCGAGAAGGCUAACAGCAGUGUCGCCACUGUGACGGGGCUGCAAGUGGGAACCUACGUGUUCACCUUGACUGUCAAAGAUGAGAGGAACCUGCAAAGCCAGAGCUCUGUGAAUGUCAUUGUCAAAGAAGAAACGAACAAACCACCUAUAGCCAAGAUAACUGGGAAUGUGGUGAUAACCUUGCCCACAGACACAGCCGAGCUGGAUGGCUCCAAGUCCUCAGAUGACAAGGGAAUAGUCAGCUACCUCUGGACUCGAGAUGAGGGGAGCCCAGCAGCAGGGGAGGUGUUAAAUCACUCUGACCACCACCCUAUCCUCUUUCUUUCCAACCUGGUCGAGGGAACCUACACAUUUCAUCUGAAAGUGACUGAUGCGAAGGGUGAGAGUAACACAGACCAGACCACUGUGGAGGUGAAACCUGAUCCCAGGAAAAACAACCUGGUGGAGAUCAUCUUGGAUGUCAACGUCAGUCAGCUGACUGAGAGGCUGAAGGGGAUGUUCAUCCGCCAGAUUGGGGUCCUCCUGGGGGUGCUGGAUUCCGACAUCAUUGUGCAAAAGAUUCAGCCGUACACGGAACAGAGCACCAAGAUGGUAUUUUUUGUUCAAAAUGAGCCUCCGCACCAGAUCUUCAAAGGCCAUGAGGUGGCAGCGAAGCUCAAGAAUGAGCUGCGGAAACAAAAGGCAGACUUUCUAGUAUUCAGAGCCCUGGAAGUCUACACUGUCACAUGCCAGCUGAACUGUUCUGACCAUGGCCACUGUGAUUCCUUUACCAAACGCUGCAUCUGUGACCCUUUCUGGAUGGAGAAUUUCAUCAAGGUGCAGCUGAGGGAUGGAGACAGCAACUGUGAGUGGAGCGUGUUAUAUGUUAUCAUUGCCUGCUUUGUCAUUGUCGUUGCCUUUGGAACCCUGUCCUGGACUGUGAUCUGUUGUUGUAAGAGGCAAAAAGGAAAACCCAAGAGAAAAAGCAAGUACAAAAUCCUAGAUGCUACGGAUCAGGAAAGCCUGGAGCUGAAGCCAACCUCCCGAGCAGGCUCCUGUCCUCUGCAGCUAUGGACCGGAAGGGCUGUGGGGAAGAAGGGAAGCUUCGAGUGGGGACUGGUUGGAGAAAGCCCCCAGAGGGCACAGAGAGGCAGGGGCAUCAAACAGAAAGGCCCAAUGCUGAGCAGCAGCCUGAUGCACUCUGAGUCGGAGCUGGACAGCGAUGAUGCCAUCUUCACGUGGCCAGACAGAGAGAAGGGCAAACUCCUGCAUGGUCAGAAUGGCUCCGUGCCCAACGGACAGACCCCACUUAAGGCCAAGAGCCCACGGGAGGAGCUCUUAUAGCCAGUCACCUGGUCUGUCUCCUCAGGGUAGGGGUUGGCAGUGCUGGGGUACAGAGCAUUGCCAGGCUGGUUCUCAAACCUCCCAUUUCAGUGGGCAGCUGUUCUGCCAGCAUCUGCUGGUCAACUCCCCCCAUAUCAUCCACAACCAGAGCUGCUGAUACCUGGAUCCAGAGACAUUCUCCAGGAACUCUGAACAAAGCUGUGAAUGAAGAGGUUUCCUCUUUAAACCCGUCUGGUAGUCUCCCCUCCCCCUCUUACCUCCCCUUCCCCCGACAUAUCCUCACCUCAGGGCCUCCUUUUUUGCAAACCCUUCCCCUGCUCUAAGGGUGGACACAGCCAGCUCCCUGUUGGCAUUGUUGCACUCCCAGAGCACCUGCACAGGGAGGACUGGCUGUGCCCCCCACGCCUGGGUACAGAACCAAGCACUAUCAGUCUACAAGAGCCUGCCCUACAUUCUUCUCUUCUUUGGGAUCACUGGGUCCAGAGGACGUGGCGCCCCCUUCUCCUCACCACAGAUGCUGGGCUGGUGGUGCAGAUACGGUGUCUGGCCCAAGGGUAAGAGAGCUGGCUGCAGUGUCAGAGCAGCGAGGCUGGACACAGACCGCCUCCCCAUCUCCUGACCAGCGCUGGCUGAGCGCAGAGAGCCACAGCUGACGAAUGUGAUGGCAUGGGAGUGCAUGUGUGUGACUGCCCCAUCGUGUUCUUGUGUCCCGCGUGUGUGUCUGUGUGUGCGCGUGUGUGUGUAUUGGCUACUCACAAGGCAACCCUGACCUGGAAAGAUUUUCAGCUCCUUGGAAGAGAGACUUCAUACGAUGUCUGGGUGUUGAGGAAUGGGAGCUUUGGGUGGGGAGGGUGACUUUUUAAAAAGAAGCUUACAGUUUAUACUACUGUCUGUUGUGAGAUGAUUAAACAUGCUAUUUAAUUGUA